UUUACUGUUGCUUCAUUGGUUCCAACUGAACAAGAAUUGCAAUCCAACUAUUAUGCCUAUUUUGCGGAGCUGGAAACCAAGGAGAUGGAUAUUGAAAAAGAAAAAGAAGGAAAACAAAUGUCAGCCGGGAGAAGAAUUGCAUCAUUACAAGAAGCAAUUGAAGAAUUAAAAAUAGGACAAGAAGAUAUUAAGAAGGACAUCAAUGAAAAGCACAAGGAGAUUCUUGAUAUAUUGGGCCACAUAAAAGAAGCUAUCAGUGAUAAACUUCUACAAAAAGAAGAAGGUGGUGAAAAACAAUCUCAAGAAUCUCUUGAGAAGAACAAAGCGCCAUCAUCUAGUUUGGAACUUUUAGGUGCAAGUUUGGAAGUUCUAGAGGCUGAAGUUGACACUGCUAAAGACAAGGAGGCUCAAGAUGAUCAAGAGAAUGACCAGCAAGAACAAUUGCAAGAUGAUCCUGAAGAUGAAGAGGGAGAUCAAGAAGAAAAAGAUAAAGGAGAUAUGACGAAAAAGAAU